AUGACAAGCUAUUUUUUAAUAUAUUUUUCGAAUCGUUACAAAAAAUGUAGACAAUCUACCACCCGAAAAUAUCUAGAACCUUUAGUUACGUCAGCCUCUCAGCUAUACAAUUUAUAUCUUAAAAAAUGCCAACAAGAAAAUGUUACAAAAGUGAGCAGAUAUACAUUCGAUUCAAUUUUUAAAGGACAGAAUCUUUCACUGUUUUCUCCAAAAAAAGAUCAGUGUGAUUUGUACUGUGCUCACGAAACUGGAAAUCUUGCUGAGGAAGAAUACGCUAAACAUAAAGAAACAAAGAAUAGGGCCAGAACUAAAAAAAACCAGGACAAAGAAAAGUCAGUAAGUAAUUUAGCACACGUAUUUACCAAAGAUCUCCAAGCUGUUAAGUUAUCUCCUCUUACAAGGGCUAGCGCGUUUUAUUAUAAAAAAAAACUAAACGUACACAAUUUUACAAUGUAUAAUCUCCAAACCCAUGAAGUUGUUUGCUACUGGUUUGAAGAGACCGCCACGGAUCUUGUAGCUUCUUCAUUUGCAUCAUGCAUUGUUCAGACACUAUCUAAAAUUUUAUCAGAUAAUUUAUUACCGGUUAUCCUUUGGUCUGACGGCUGUAAUUAUCAAAAUCGGAAUACAGUUCUAUCUAUUGUCUUGUUACAUUUAAGCAAAGAGUUGAAUGUUGAUAAAGAACAGAAAUUUUUGACCAAAGGACAUACGCAGAUGGAGUGCGAUUCGGUACACAGUGCCAUCGAAACAAAACUGAAAAACAAGUAUCUACCUGGACAAUACUGUACUAUUACAAGGGAAGCUAGACGAAAGCCUUUCCCAUAUGAAAGCCAUUUUCUUGAUCAUACUUUUUUCAAAUACUAUUCUCACAAAAACUUUUUGGUGUAUGAUUCAAUUAGACCAGGAAGAACUACUGGUGAUCCAACCGUUGUGGAUAUCAAGGCGAUUAAGUAUAGUAAGGGUGAGAUUAGUAUUAAAACCAACUUUGAUCACGAGUAUUCUGCUUUAGCCAAAAGACCGAAAAAAGCUGCUGAUAGCUUCUCUUUACUUUCCAGUGCAUCUCCUCUAAACAAAGAUAGGCGAAAAAUUUCAUACUCAAAACGGAGAGACCUUCAGGAACUAAAGACAGUCUUAACUCAAGAUUGUCACUCAUUCUAUAACGAGAUUCCUCAUGAUGAACGCAAUUAA